AUGAGUGUGUUUAGCGAGUUCCAUAAGGCUUGGCGUGCCAGAUUCCCAGGGAAUGAUCUGCCGGCAGCAUGGGAAGAGGAUGUUAGGGCAAACUUAACGAAGCAUCGCGCCCGGGUUGCGCUGCUGAAGGAGGAACUGGAGAAGGAACAGUUUUACGUGGAGUACUUGGAGUGUCUGUUGAGCGAUGUCCAACGGCAAAAGGGAGAAGGAGUAGUUUCAGAAGACGAGAGAGACACUGUCCAAGAGGAAGAGCGCGGACAAGGCGAGGGUAGUGAAGGGGCAGGGUGUGUUGGAAGUGGUAAUAUAGACUCCGCUGUCACCCAAGCAAUAAACACUAUGAUGGUGCAACGUCAACAGCAUCCUGGUCGUGGAAACGCUUCUCCAGGGGAGAGUCAAGAGACUUCUCCUUCUAAAGGCGACAGUGAGAAAUCAGAAGGGUUGAAGUCUCUCCCGCUCUCUGAUGAAGACGACGCCCCACAGGUACCCAUCACGCCGUUAGCUGCCCCUCCCCCUUCUGGCGGCAGUUCCGUAAAGGAUCUGGCUCGUCGCUUUACUGCUUCAGAAGGAAAAGCUGGGGCUGGACGACCUCCUGCUUACUCUCGAUCGACGUCUGUUCCAGCUCCAUCAGCAGGAGGUUCCCCUACAUCUAAGGAGUCACAGUUUGUGACUGUUAUUUCUGUCAAUGGCGCUGGACAAGGAGAAGACGCCCGGGGCAGGAAGGUGCCCCCGGCCCCGCCCCCUAAGACUUUCAGGCGAUCUACAGGUAAUGACGGUGAGGUUGACAGUAAACCUCAAACUGCAGCUGCUAUGCCGUCCUCCCCAAGUGCUUCCCGCCCUCCUCAUGCUACACCCAAGUCCCCACAGCGGCCACGCCAUCCCUCCCCCGUCAGGGAUGGCUCCAGUUCUGCAUCCGCAAAAAUGCCGCUGCAGAAGACACUUUCGGCAUCGAGUGACAAUCGCCCAGCCGCUAAAGAUUCCAAAUCUCAAAGUGGCAGGGAUCUUCAGAAGUCCCCAUCUGCUUCUAAGGAACUGCAGAAGUCGCCCUCUAGCGCCUCAUCCUCCACAGGCAGUCUUGGCAAGAAAUGCAUCUCAAAGUCGUCCUCCAGCGCAUCGUCGAGUGCCGGAAGUGGUGCUCCAUCCCGUCGAGUAGGGUUGAGCAAGACCUCAUCUGUGUCGUCCUCGCGUUGUGGGGAAGACGAGGACGAAAUCGGGGGAGGAUCUGCCUCUGGGGCGUCACUUGAAAAUCUGACGGACGAUGAACCUUUAUAUGAUACUGUUGCUCCUGACGAAGAUGAGGAUACCGGAGAGUAUGUACUGCUGUCGGAUAAGAGUUCUGAAUACAAUGGAACAGAUACUCUGAAGUCCGCCGCCUCUGGCGCAUCGAGUGAAGGCGGACUAAGUAAAUCAGGUGGUGGUGCGUCCUCAGGGGCCACGCCCUCCGGGGGAUCUCCAGCCCCUGAACAUCCUCCCGAUUCUCCCAAAUACUCGAAUUAUGUCAACAUCGACUUCUUCUUGAAAAAGUAG